AAUAAAAUCUUGUCUUGUUUUGUUUUGUGUUGGUUUGGUGGUUGGUUGCUGCUGAGAGUUUUGAGUUUUCAAAUUUCAAUCCUUGUUUCAAGUUUAAGCCUUUGCUGAGUUGGAUUUCAUGGGGCCAUGUUAGCUCUUUCCUGAUAUUUAAUCCACCACGUGACAUCAAUUUCUUCACCCACGUUUUUGUGUCUUAAGAAGGAAGAUAACGGCGUGGUUGAAAAUAUCUUCCUUUAUGACUAUACCUUUGGUUGAUGAGAUUUACUACAUGGUUAGAUGGUAUUCCUUGUGUUUUUCUUUUCAUCCACCAGAGACUUUUUUUCUUGUCUUUCUUCCUACGUUUUCUGUGUAAUGUGCUUUGCACGCUUUAGGUGCACCAUACAUGGUUGGCUCUCCAAAACCAUUCUGUACAUCAGUGAGUGAUUGGUAUGAGCUAAGAGGCGGUGAAUUGGAGAAGAGAAAAGGUUUUGGCCUUGAAAAUUCAAAAGAGAUGGAUUUUUUCUCCGAAUAUGGUGAUGCCAACAGGUACAAAAUUCUAGAAGUUGUUGGGAAAGGAAGCUAUGGUGUUGUUUGUUCAGCCAUUGAUACUCAUACUGGUGAGAAGGUUGCAAUAAAGAAGAUUCAAAAUAUCUUUGAGCACAUAUCUGAUGCUGCGCGUAUUUUCCGUGAGAUAAAGUUGCUUAGACUUCUUCGACAUCCUGAUAUUGUUGAAAUUAAGCAUGUUAUGCUGCCUCCUUCUCAGAGGGACUUCAGAGAUGUUUACGUUGUUUUUGAGCUCAUGGAGUCUGAUCUGCAUCAAGUCAUUAAAGCCAACGAUGACUUAACAAAAGAGCACUAUCAGUUUUUUCUUUACCAGUUACUUCGUGCAUUGAAGUAUAUUCACACUGCAAACGUCUAUCAUCGAGACUUGAAGCCAAAGAAUAUACUGGCCAAUGCAAACUGUAAACUCAAAAUCUGUGACUUUGGGUUAGCUAGAGUUGCUUUCAAUGACACACCAACAACCGUGUUUUGGACGGAUUAUGUUGCUACAAGGUGGUAUAGAGCGCCAGAGCUUUGUGGAUCAUUUUACUCAAAGUAUACUCCAGCAAUUGAUAUUUGGAGUAUAGGUUGCAUCUUUGCUGAAGUAUUAAUAGGAAAACCACUUUUUCCUGGAAAAAAUGUUGUUCAUCAGCUGGAUCUAAUUACUGAUCUGCUUGGUACUCCGUCAAUAGAUACUAUAUCCAAGGUGCGCAAUGAUAAGGCAAGGAGAUACCUAACUAGUAUGAGGAAAAAGCACCCUGUACCAUUUACACAAAAAUUUCCUACCGCGGAUCCUUUAUCGCUACGACUACUGGAAAGGCUGCUUGCCUUUGAUCCAAAAGACCGGCCUACUGCUGAAGAGGCAUUAGCUGAUCCUUACUUCAAGGGACUUGCAAAAGUUGAGAGGGAACCAUCCUGCCAGCCUAUUACAAAAAUGGAGUUUGAAUUUGAGAGGCGAAGAGUCACAAAGGAAGAAAUUCGAGAGUUGAUUUUCCGUGAGAUUCUAGAGUACCAUCCUCAGUUAUUGGAAGACUACACAAAUGGAACAGAGAGAACUAAUUUUCUUCAUCCAAGUGCUGUUGAUCAAUUCAAAAAGCAGUUUGCUCAUCUUGAAGAAACUGUUGGUAAAAAUGAUCCAGUUAUGCCACUUGAAACAAAACAUGCAUCACUUCCCAGGUCCGCAAUUGUACAUUCAAAUAUGGUGGCCCCCAAAGAGCAAUCAAAUAUUGCUUCCUCCAGAGAUACAGGAAAUCCUUUGACAAGGUCCAUUCAAGGACGGCAAAGAAUUCCACAAGCAAAAUCUGAGAAAGUUGGUGGGCCAGUUGCUCAACACGAAUAUGAGAGUGUUGUCAAGGAUUCAUAUGAUCCCAGGACAUUAACCAGAGGCAAAACUUAUCCAGCAAUAUGGAGUCAAAGCCAAAAUAGCGGCAGAUAUUCAUAUAACUACAAAUACUGAUCCCAACCCUUUUUAGAAGAGGACUGAACAAGAUGAAUGGAUAACCAUUGACUCAAACUUUCUGCAGUCAAAGGAUCAAUAUGGUGGGAUUAGUGCUGCUGCUGGUAUCACUGCUCUUAAAAAGGUUUGACUUGUUCAACAUUGUAUGACAAGGAUGUUAUAGAAGGCUGUCUUGUGAAUUUUUUUUGCCAGGUGGAGCAAUCCCUUUGGAGGAAAAAAAGGCUCUUUGCAGUGGAGAAGCUGUCGUAUCCAGUGGUGCUUUUGGUGUAAAAUGACUUGAGUUAGGCAUGUUUGAAAGAGUUUGUGUUUGAAAAAAAGAUUUAUGUAAAUAUCUUAUGAGUUAUGACUUA